AUGGCCUCGUCGAUGUCUUCCAUCAUCAUCAUCCCCGGAUCCUUCACCACCGCGCCAAUGUACUACGAUCUAGUCGACAAGAUCCAAGCCCUCCGCGGCGGCGAAUCGGGCUCAGUCUUCGUCAACAACCUCCCGUCGGCAAGUCGCAAUCCGCCCGAAGAGCCGGCGACCUUAGAUGACGACGCUGCGUUCUUCCGGGCCAUCAUCGAGAAACUAGCGGAGCGAGGGCAGGACGUCGUGGUCGUGGCGCAUUCGUACGGCGGCGUCGUGGGCACGGAGGCGCUCAAAGAAGUGAGCAAAGCUGAACGAGAAGCGCGUGGACAGCCCGGUGGUGUCGUGAGGAUCGUCUACCUCACUGCCCACGUACCGUCGGAGGGGAGUUCAGUGACGAGCAUGCUUGGGGACGCUCCGACUGAAAUGGUCGAGUACGGAAAGGACGGCUUCCAUCGACUCGUGGGCAUCGAGACCAUCGCCCAAGCCACCUUUCCCGACCUUGAACUCGACAAGGCCGUGGCGGUGGUUAAGCACAUGACCCGACACUCAGCCGUCAGCUUCGCCGGCGAGAUCACGCACGCCGGGUACAAGCAUGUGCCGGUCUCGUACAUCGUGUGCGAGAACGACAUGAUCAUCCCGCCGGAAAUGCAACGGGGUUACAUAGAAAAGAUCCAAAGGGAGAGCGGGAGGGAUGUCGAUGUCCACACUCUCAACACGGGACACGCUCCCAACACCACGGCGCCGGACCAGUUGGCAAACGUCAUUGUCCGGAUUGCUGCCGCGGCUUCAGCAUGA